AUGGGACCCUACCCUUCUUCAAAUGGCAAUAAGUAUAUCCUUGUGGCUGUUGAGUAUUUCUCCAAGUGGCCUGAGGCACAGGCCUUACCUACUGAUGAUGCCAGAGUUACCAAUAGGCAAGUUGAGGUUACUAAUAGGGGUUUAAAACGCAUCUUAGAGAGAACUGUAGGUGUAAGUAGGAAGGAUUGGGCUUCAAAACUAGAUGAUGCAUUAUGGGCAUUUAGAGCUGCAUAUAGGAUUUCCAUAGGUUUUACACCCUAUAGGCUUGUGUAUGGGAAGUCUUGUCAUUUACUUAUUGAAUUAGAACAUAGGGCUCUUUGGGCACUUAAAACUUGCAAUUUUGAUUUUGAUUCUGCAAGUAAGGAGAGACAGUGGCAACUGAGUGAAUUGGAGGAGUGGCGUCAACAGGCAUAUGAAAACUCUUCAAUUUACAAGGCUAAGACAAAAAAGUGGCAUGAUCAGAGGCUCAAAGGUUCCAAGGAGUUUCAGAUUGGAGAUAGAGUAUUGCUAUAUAACUCACGUCUUUGUUUGUUUCAAGGGAAGCUCAAGAGUCGAUGGUCGGGGCCAUUCGUGGUUAAGAAAGUUUUCCCAUAUGGCACAGUCAAGCUUCAUCAUCCCAAGAAAGGUGAUUUCAAGGUCAAUGGACAUAGGCUCAAGGUGUAUGAUGGAAACUCAUUGGAGAUUGAGCAACGAGUUAACAUGAUUUUGUAUCUGCAAGGAUGA